AUGAAGUUGAUGAGUACAGCGACAACGCUCGCUCUGGUGCUACUGCUGGCUACUAGCUAUGCACAAGCUGAGGAAGAGAAGAGUACCGCUGUGGAGAAAACAGCAGCUGAGCCUGUAGAGAAGAAGGUCGAGGAAGCUGCUAGUGACGAUACCACAAAAUCGAAACGAGGACUUCAUCACUAUGAGGAUUACCAUCAUCAUCAUGUGCCACACUUUCCAGUGCAUGAGGAAAAGACACUGACAGUCAUUAAGAAGGUGCCAGUUCCAGUACCCAUAGAGAAAAUUGUUCAUGUGCCUGUCGAAAAACAUAUCCAUGUUCCCGUGAAAGUCAAGGUACCCAAGCCUUAUCCCGUGGUCAAGCAUAUUCCCUAUGAGGUUAAGGAGAUCGUUAAAGUGCCUUAUGAAGUUCCCGCGCCAUAUCCCGUCGAAAAGAAGAUUCCCGUGCCAGUUCAUGUGCCCUACGAUCGUCCAGUGCCCGUCAAGGUUCAUGUGCCCGCACCCUACCCGGUGGAGAAAAAGGUUCAUGUGCCUGUGAAAGUUCAUGUACCAGCUCCUUAUCCAGUUGAAAAGAUUGUCCACUACAAUGUAGAGAAGCACGUGCAUGUCGACAAGCCCUACCCCGUCGAGAAGAUCGUCCACUACCCUGUGAAGGUGCCCGUUGAUAAGCCAGUGCCCUACCACGUCGAUAAGCCAGUGCCGCACUAUGUUGACAAGCCUGUGCCAGUGCCAGUGAUCAAGAAGGUGCCAGUUCCCGUCCAUGUGCCCUACGAUCGUCCCGUGCCCGUGCAUGUUGACAAACCAGUGCCUUAUGAGGUGAAAAUCCAUGUGCCCGCACCUUACCCCGUGAUCAAGGAAGUGCCAGUCAAGGUUGAGAAACACGUUCCAUAUCCCGUGAAAAUUCCAGUGGAGAAGCCUGUCCAUGUUCACAUUGAGAAACAUGUGCCCGAAUAUCACGAGAAGCACGUCACCUACAAGGAACCCGAGUUUGUGCACAAGCACAUUGAGGAGGAGCAUCAUCAUGAGCCCAUCCAUCAUCACUCAUCGCAUUCAUAUUCGGCACCCAUCGAGGAACAUCAUGAGCAUGAGCAUGAGCAUUGAAAAGCGUAAGCGUAACGGUUAUGAAUGGAUCAAAAUCUUACAAAAUUUCCUUCACAAAACAUACUUAGAAACAUUCCAUCACAUAUUCCAUAUCAAACCAUAUGCCUACUAUACCAAUACCACAUUGCUAUGCAGAACGUGAUAACGAUAGAGAUUCAGAUAUCAAUUUUAAAAACGACUAACGUGAUGACGAACUUAGUUUUUACGCACUCAACGAACUCUCUUAACUUAGUUUAAGCCAUAUAAACAAAAAAAAACCCUUAUGAAAAAAUGAGAACUUUGGAGACGAUUAACUAGACUUUACGAACAAGAUACAACAACACAUUUGGGCCGCACAGCCCACAAACCUACAACAAGAACAUGAACUAGACCCAUCAACAAUAGCAAAGGCAACACACACAUACACAUGACAAACCUCUAUAGGAUGCAUUUUGGAUGUUGUGCUGUGCUGUUCGACCUUAAUACUGGGUACAAUUGACGUGGUUGCUGCUGCUGUUUUGUCCUCCAGCUGCGGCUUCUCCUCCUUCUGCUCUGGUCCACCGAUUUGUGCACCCGGUUCAGUUCGACUUGAGUUGGCUUUGUUUUGAUUUAUGAAUCGAAACGGUUGUAUUAGAUUCAGAUCUCCUCGACGAUCUGGAAAGCGUUGUAAGCGUGUGAUAUAAGACUUCUGUUAGUGUUUAAGUGUUUACUCCAUAAGAAUGAAAGGCAGUGCAGCAGUCGAGCCUAGCCUAGCCUAUUUAAGUCAGUUUGUAAACGAACGUAUUGUAUUAAUUGUAAUAUUUUUUGCUAACUAGUUUGUAACUCAACCAUAUGUAUAGUUUUGCUUAUUGUAAAAAGCAAUUGAAACGGAUUUAUGAAAAGUACUUAAUUUACCAAAUAUUUUUUGUCUCUGUAUAAAACAUCACAACAAACAAAAUACCCUCAAACGAAAAACCAACUAUUAAAACGAAGCUGAUAAAUGUUAAUAAUAAAAUCCGAAAACCAAGUGAUCAAAA